AUUUGGCAUUCUGUUUUCCAUGCAGAGCAUAUAUAGGAAAUGAGGUAAAUAGUAGUCGGACUGAAGAAACAUUUUCAAAAAAUGGGUUUAAAGGCUGGUAUAGAGCAAAUAAAAGUUUUUUAAAUCAUAAACUCUCCAAAUCUCAUCUUAAUUCUACUAUAGCUUUAUCUGCAUUUUUAAACUCAAAACCAAUUGAUCAAAGCCUUGAUGAAAGCAGAAUUGUUUUAAAUAAGAAACGGGAAGAAGAACGCUUGAAACAUAGAAAAAUUAUCGCACGUUUAAUAGAUAUUUCUAUAUGUUUGGCUAAAGGUGGAAUGGCAUUCCGUGGACAUGAUGAAAGUCACAAAAGUUAUCAGCAAGGAAAUUUUAAAGAAUUAGUAAAUCUUUUAGCAAAGUAUGAUACUACUUUAAAAAAUCAUUUAGUAAUGGGACCUAAAAAUGCACAGUAUGUCAGUAAUCAUAUUCAAAAUGAUCUUAUUUUUGUAUUACAUAACGUUGUGUUCAAACAAAUAWAAUCUAGUAUAAAUGAUUGCAAAAUAUCAAUUAUAGCAAACGAAACAUCUGAUGUAGGACACCAUGAGCAGUUAUCUAUAGUCAUAAGACAUUUUGAUAAACAAACAAAUAGACCAAUAGAAACUUUUGUUGCACUUAGGCGAAUGAAAUCAGUUGAUGCUCAAUCUAUAUUUGAUGCAAUAACAAGUGUAUUACUUCAAUUAUCAAAAAACUGGACAUCUGUAAUAUCAGUCUGUUUUGAUGGUGCAAGUACCAUGUCUGGUKGCAAAGUGCAAAGUUGA